CGAGCAUUAUCAAGUCAGUCGAAUUCUGCUAGAUAACUAAACAAACAUUAAUUGAGUUCGCUCAAAACGUAUCAAACUUGAAUCGUUUAUCAAACGAGUUGGAUCGAGCUCGCAAGCGAUUCAUUUGUUUAACAGUGCUAUCAAGUGGACAAAAACUCACUCCAAAAAAGAAAAUCAAUUAUUAUUAUAUUUUAUUAAAUAAAUUGAAAACUGUUUUUUUAAUCGCUAAGAAAGCGCAAAAGUCCCUCUUUAAAUUCUCCGCCCCAGCCUCCAAAAUCCCCACAAAACCAACAAACUCGCCACUCGCAACACUCCAUAUUCAAACCACUAUUUCAUUCUUUAAUUAACUUAAUGGGUCUCAAAAUCUCGCCGGCGUCACCGGCCGGUAAAUGGCUCGGCUUCGUCACCGCCGUCUGGGUGCAAGCCAUCUCCGGCAACAACUACACGUUCUCGAACUACUCCGACGCCCUCAAGUCCCUCAUGGGCCUCACCCAGCUACAGCUCAACAGCCUCUCCGUCGCUAAGGACGUCGGAAAAGCCUUCGGCCUCCUCGCCGGACUCGCCUCCGAUCGUCUCUCCACCCCCGCCAUGCUCCUCAUCGGCUCGAUCGAAGGAUUUAUCGGUUACGGCGCCCAGUGGCUCGUCGUUAGCCGCCGGAUCCAACCUCUCCCUUACUGGGUGAUGAGCAUUUUCCUGUGUAUGGGUGGGAACAGCACGACGUGGAUGAACACGGCGAUCCUGGUCACGUGCAUCCGCAAUUUCCGAAAAAAUCGGGGACCGGUCUCCGGCAUCCUGAAAGGUUAUGUCGGCCUGAGCACAGCCAUCUUCACCGACGUCUGCUCCGCCCUGUUCGCGGACGACCCGGCGAAGUUCCUGAUGAUGCUCGCUGUCGUCCCCUUCGUCGUCUGCCUCUCCGCCGUCUUAUUCCUCCGCGAGGUCCCACCGGCGGCGGCGGAGGACUCCAGCGGCUGCGAGGAUAGGUACUUCGGCGUAAUCAACGUCCUGGCGGUGGUAAUCGCGCUCUACCUGCUGGCCUUCGACGUCACGGGAGCGCACGGCCGUGUCUUUUCACAGAUCUUCGCCGCCGUGCUCCUUGUCCUGCUCUCGUCGCCGCUGGCAAUCCCGAUCUACCUGGCGGCGAGGGAUUUGGUCCGUUCGGGGGAGAAAUCCGACGACGUGGAGCGGAGCGCGGCGGAGCCGCUGCUGGCGCCGGCGCCGGCGACGGCGGAGAAGAAGGUGGAGACGGAGGCGGCGGAGGAGGAGGAAAGGAGGAGGCCGGUGGUGGGGGAGGAGCACACGAUAAUCGAGGCGCUGAGGACGGUGGAUUUUUGGAUCUUAUUCGGGUCGUUUUUGUGCGGGGUUGGAACGGGUCUUGCGGUUAUGAACAAUAUGGGCCAAAUGGGCCUGGCUCUCGGGUACGCUGACGUGUCAAUUUUCGUAUCGCUGACGAGUAUAUGGGGAUUUUUCGGGCGGAUCCUUUCCGGGUCGGUUUCGGAGUACUUCAUCAAGAGGUCCGGUACACCGAGGCCCGUUUGGAAUGCGGCCUCACAAAUCCUCAUGGCCAUCGGGUACAUUAUGAUGGCCAUGGCUUUGCCGGGCUCACUCUAUGUGGGCUCCAUAGUUGUUGGCAUUUGCUACGGUGUUCGAUUAGCGGUGACGGUCCCCACGGCCUCCGAGCUAUUCGGGCUCAAAUACUAUGGCCUCAUCUACAAUAUCCUCAUCCUCAACCUCCCGUUGGGCUCGUUCUUGUUCUCGGGCCUGUUAGCGGGCUUUCUCUACGAUGCCCAGGCCACGCAAACGGACUCGGGUGGGAACACGUGUGUUGGGGCCCAUUGCUAUAGGCUCGUUUUUGUGGUGAUGGCGAUUGUGUGUGUCGUUGGGUUUGGGUUCGACGUGUUGCUGUCGAUUAGGACAAAGGGCGUUUAUGCGAAGAUUUAUGUUGGGAGAAAGAAGGCGAAGAAGUUGUCGUCGGGCGCCGGUGGGCAAUAGUGAAAGGGUUUGGAAAGUUGGGGGACUGAUGGGAAAUUUUGGUCCAGUGAUGUCCUUGUUAUGUAAUUUUAUUUUAUUUUAUUUUUUUUCCCUCGGAGUUGUGAUGUAUGAUAUAUGAUUAUUGUUGUUAGUAAAGAAAUUUAUAAAUUAUUUUGGAGAUUAUUAUUGCUUGUAUGGAUUUGAAUCAGUGUACUGUUUCCCCAAUUCUGUAUAGUUUAUAUGAGAAUUAAAAUUUGAA